AGUCUCGACCGUUUCUAGUCUCGUCUGACCCGUGAUCGGCGGUCCUGCAGUGUCUUCUUUCCUCCCCCCUUCUCAGAUGCAUCGUCCAUCUUAUCAGCGACAUUUCACUGCCAUCGUCUGGUCCGCCUGAUCCCGAACCACAGUACACCCUCCCUCCAACCUCCAUACACCUCAAACCCACCAACAACAACAACAACAAACAAAACAAAACAAAGCCAAAAACAACAAACAAAAAAGCCAUGGCCUACUCUCUCCCGACACCCUUCACCCCCAACAACAGUGAAUUCGCAACGCUGGACCCCACGCGGGUGCCGGACGGGAUCAUUUCGAUCACGGCGCUGGCCCGCUUCGAAUUCGAAGCGGGCAAGGGCAACGACGGGACCAAGAUCCUGAUGAUCGAGUGGGAAGACGACGACCUGGGGCGGCGGGUGGCGGAAACGGGGGGCUCGUGGCACGUCGCCUGGGAAGGGAAACAGGCGGUGCUGCCGGCGGACGAGAAGACCAAGGACAACACGCGCCGGCUGUACUUCCUACUCCCACCGCACGUCACCAUCCCGCCCACCGUGACGCUGUUCUACGAGACUCCGGCCACAGCCACAGCAGACCCGAACAACAACAAUAACAACACUACAAAGGCGCCCGAACCCUUGCAUCUGAACCCGCUCCCCGCUAUCUUCCCGCCGGAGUUGGGCGCGGACGGCCGCUCGGCGGGUAAGAAGGGCGUGCUGCACACCAUUUGGGCGAAGAAGCGGCUGCAGGUGCUCGAUAAGGAGAUCCGUGAGGAGUGUUUGACGAAUGUCGAGGGAAUCGCGCUGCACAUGGCGUUGCAGGAGAAGGAGUGGAUCGAGACGAACUUCGGGGUCUCGUUGACGGACCGCAGCAGCAACAACAACAACCACCACCACAACCAUCCGGAUCCGCAUUAUCCCAUGGGUCCGGCGACGCCGGUGUCGCCCAGUAGUAACGGCGGGGGCAAGCUGGGGGAGAAGCUGAAGGGGCUGAAGCUGCAGACGGGCGAGAAAGAGCUUUCGCCCAAGGGGGAGGGCCACGCCGCCACAGCCCGUCACCUUCUCUCCCCGCAAUCCCCAGAUGUAGCCGUCUCGUCUUUCACCUCCUUCCACACCCUCCACCACAACCCCCCGCCACUCGCCCAACCACCACCAUCAGACCCCAUCCGCCCCCCGGUGGUAGUCCACUACCCGCCGGAAUCCCUACAAGCGCACCAAUCGAGCGAGCAACACCAGCACCACCACACAGGCUUCGCCUCGAUGGGCACGCUGGCGCGCACCUCCAGCGUCGAAUCAGGCGAAGAGCUCUUUGCCAAGGCGUUGAGUCCGCGCACGCCGGACCUUCCGCGGAGUCCGUUCUCGUUCAGUCCGGGGACGUUGCAUAUGUGAAGUUUAAAACCAUUGGACUGUACUUUGUUGCAUAGGUGACGGUGACAUUGGGUGGUUUAUUUUUGACGCAAAGCAAAGCAUGCUGCACUACAUACAUUCUUUUUUGUUGUUGUUACUGUUAUUGUUCAUAUUAGCCUUGUCUCUCGCUUUCUGCUGUGUUUGUUAAAUGAUUCCCCCUCCCAAAUUAUAGCCAUUAUGUUUAUGUUUGAUGACUCAAGAGGGGUGGGACUGUUGUCCGGGUCUGUGUAUAUAGGAGGCAUGAGAAUGAAUUUUCUCGUAGGAGUUGGUCUUCAUGGCA